AUGAAGCUUAAAGUAAAGAAUCAGAUUCCAACGGGCUACAGGAGGCCAACGGCCGCGUUUACACCAACGGAAGCACCACCUUCACCGACAUCGAAUCCUCCUUCAUUAGAUGAGCUCAGUGAGGACGAUUUAAUUCCUCUUCCCCCAACUCCCCGUCAUAUGCGCCGUAAGCAAGUCAUCGAUGACACACAGAAGCCAGAACAAGUUCAAGUUUUCGUUAGAAUGCGCCCAAAUGAGGUGAAUCCAGUUGCUCUCUCCCCAAAUCACAUAAAUGCAAACGUACACAAGAAACAUCACUUGUACGAUAUCAACAAACCAACGAAUACAAUUGCCCUUAGCGCAAAUCACCCCCUUGUCGAAAAGAGAAGCGCAGGUACUCCUACCAGGCACUCUAAGAACAGUGAAUUCACUUACGACAGUCUUCUCCUCCCCCCUGCUCGUACUUGCUCUUUGUAUGAUAGUCACAUCACCAGACUGAUUCACUCCUCCAUGGUCGGUUACAACUCAACCGUCUUUGCUUAUGGUCAGACUGGCUCUGGUAAAACUCAUACUCUCACGGGUACUGAAGAUGAACCUGGUAUCAUUCCUCUAGCCGUCGAACAAGUAUUCGAAGAAAUCUAUGACGAUCCUUCGCGUGAGUUUCUUCUCAGAGUACGUUAUUUGGAAAUAUACAAUGAGAAAUUACGUGAUCUUCUCGGUCCUUCUACACAAAAUGAAGAGCUACGAGUUCGUGAAAAUCAAGGUGGCAAUACAUUCGUAGAGAAUCUCACUGAAGUGCUAGUCACAACUCCACAAGAAGUUCUUGCACUGAAAGACCAGGGUGAUCUCAAUCGUCACGUUGGUGCCACUGACUGGAAUGACAGAAGUAGCAGAUCGCACUGUGUAUUCCAAAUCGUCGUAGAAUCUUCAGAAAGACAAUCAAACCUCACCAAGAACUCUAUAUCUCGUAAAUCGACACUCAACCUGAUAGAUUUGGCUGGUAGUGAGAAAGCUACGACAGACUCAUCACGUCGGUUAGAAGGUAGCAAUAUCAAUAAAUCUUUACUUGCACUUUCAACAGUUAUCAGCGAGAUUGUCAAGACCCCAAAACCAGCUCAUAUACCUUUCCGUAAUAGCAAACUCACUUACCUCCUCAAACCGUCCUUGUCAGGUGAUGCCAGAGUCGGUGUGGUGUGCACCAUAGCCGACGGAAUGGAUCAUCACAACGCCACACUCGACACACUCAAAUUCGCACGCACAAUAAAGAAGGUCAAGAUACAGGCUAAGCGUGGUGAUAUACUGGAUGGUACCAAGGAUGCACUGUUGCAGCAGCACAUCACUCAGAUCAAAAUACUCCAGAAAGAAGUCGCAGAGCUGGAAUCUAACAAGUAUGAAGAAAUCCGGCAUGCUAUUGCUGAAGAGAGAGCAGCAAAUGAUGAGAAAGUGUCUUAUCAGAAUGAGCAAAUUGAUCAAUUAAACAAGGACCUCGGAGAAGCUCGUAAAUUAGUUCUCAACAGUACGAACAUUGAUAGUGAAGAUAUGAGCAGUAGACGACAGUCGCAUCUUAAACAUGGACAGAGUAGACGACUGUCUGAUAUGGGUCUCGGAGUGUCAGCACCUGGAUUUAACAUUCCCAUGAACAAGCGAAGAGUGCUUUCGACGGGUAUACCUGAUUCUACUGAUGAGAGUGGAGAUCAAGAUUCUCGGAUGCGAGAGAAAGAUGACGAGAUUGAUUCACUCAAGUUGCAGCUACAAGAAGUAAGAUCUGAGCAGGCUGAAACAAGCUCUCGCAUUGAAGAUCUAGAAGUACAGCUAAAAGCCAAAGGAGAGCUCGACAGCGUUGAAGAGAACAAAGGUGAACUUAGUGAGGAGAUUUCCAGAGUGAAGGAUGAAAACGAGAAUCUGAACAAGCAGCUAUCGGACACACUCGAACAGCUGAGAAAGUUGCUUAUUUCACAAAAGGAACAAACAGAGAACGAUAUCAGUAACAGUCAGGAGAUUGAAGAUCUCAAGUCUGAGUUCUCCAAUCUUCAAUCAGCGAGACAGGACGAUGAGCUGCGGCUGUCAUCACUACAAUCCCAGAACGAUCUCCUGCAAGACGACUUCAAGUCUGCAGAUGAACGUAAGAACGUAGCUGAAAAUGAGCUGAAAGAAAUUGAAAAGGAGCGUGAUGAAGUCAACGGUCGUAUAAGCACACUCGAGGCUGCAUUUACAGAGAAAGAAAGUCGUCUGAAGGAGAUGCUCAAGGAGAAUGAGAACAUGGUGAGCGAUAAGAAUUUAGUGACUAGGGAUAGAGAUGAUUUGCUUGGUAAAGUCGAAAAUUAUGAAAAUGAUAUGAAAGACAUCAGAAGUCAACUACAAUCUGCAGAAGACAAGUAUAGCCAAGUUACCAGCGAACGUAAUGGCUUCAAAGAAGAGGUUGAAAAGGCUAUCGCUGCACAAAAGUUAUCUCAAGAAGUUCAGCUGGCUGCCGAAAAGGAGCGUGAUGAACUCAAUGGUCGUCUUAGCGUACUUGAAUCUGAAUCCCAAGAGAAAGAGAAUUGCCUGGAGGAAAUGCUCAAAGAAGGCGAGAAUCUGAAAAGUGAAAAGGAGAAGGCAGCUGGCGAGAGAGAUGGUCUGCUUGCUAAGCUUGAGACGUAUGAGAAGGACUUGAAUAAUUUCAAAACUCAAAUUCAAGCAGCAGAAAACAAGUAUAACGAUGCCACGAAGGAGUGCAAUGGCUUCAAAGAAGAGCUUGAAAUGUCUGUUGCCGCGCAAAAGGUCUCUCAAGACGCCCGGCUGUCUGCUGAAAAGGAUCUUGAUGAAUUGAAAGAAGAGUCUAGCAAAGUUGCCAAUGCAUUAGAAACCGCUGAAAAUUCUUUGAAAGUUGCUAUAAAUGCACAAAAGACAGCAGAAAUAGAUCGCGACACUCACAAAGACAAGCAUGCCUCUACAAAGAGCGCUCUUGAAACUCUGCAAUCUACUCACAAUACCUUGCAAACCAAUCACGACCAGCUCAAAGCCGAGAAAGAGGAUAAAACUUCAAGACUUGAGAACACAUACAAAGAACUUCAGCAAUCUCAUAACACCCUCAAGGAUGGCAUGCAGGGAGAAAUUGAAAACCACAAACUUGAAAUAGAUAAAUUAGUCAAGGAUGCCGAUAAGUUUAAAAAAGACAAUAAAGAAGGUGAGGAUGAGAGAGAACAGCUCAAAGCAGACCUCAAAAAUGUCACAAAAGAGGCGGAAGAACGUAAGAAAAGUAGCGAGGAGCGCGAACAGGAACACACAUCCCUUAAGGCUCAAGUAUCUGAGAUGUUGGCCGAGAAAGAAUCUCUCAACCGUGACAUCAAAUCCCAGCAUAUCGAUAAUAAACGUGUGGUAGAAGAAGCGGAGGCAAAUCACCAAGAAAGCCUCAAUAAAGUUCAAGAGGAACUCGCUUUAGCUACUGUUCAGUUGACGACAGUUCGUGAAGCUCAAGAAUCUGCCAAGAAAAAUUCAGAAGCAGAGAUGGCUGCACUUAUCAACAGUCGUGCAGAAGAAGACGUUGAGUUCCAAGAGCGUUUAGGUACAGCAGAGAAAGAGAGUAGCGAUGCACGGGGAAUGGCUACCAAACUCACGUCAACGCUUGUGGAAAAAGAUAGCAUAAUAAAGGAACUCGAGACCAAGAUUGAAGAAUACAUUGAGCGUCAAAAUAGUCAAGAUGAUAAUGAAGGGUUUGGUCAAGUGCAUAUUGCUAAGCGUAUGGAAGAAUACGUAGAAUUGCAAGACCGUGUCAGCGAACUGAAUACCGUCAUCCAGAGACAAGCUUCUGAAUUAUCAAAGCUUAAAGCCCGACCACUACCACAACCAACACAAUCAUCUCAUGCAUCGUCUAGAAUGAGCUUUGAGAGUGGCGCUGCCAGGAAACUCUUUGAUAGAGCUUCGUCGCCCAAUCUUCGAGCCCAGUCAACUCCACUUACUAAGACUGACGAUAAGGAGAUUGAUAAGUUGAACGAUGUCGUCAGAUUGCAGAGAAGCACAAUUACAGAUCUUCGCAAAGAUAUCUUGAACUGGAGAGAUGACAAAGAUAAGUAUGAUGAGAACAGAAGUCCUUCACCCUAUCUAUCAAGGCCUGCAUCUUCUAUUGAUCAACCAACAACGCCAGUUCGCAGAGGACAUUCGCGAGCUGCAUCUAUGAUAACACCAUCCAGGUCGAGACCGACGGAUAGCCUGUCGCGUAAGAACAGUGUGAAAGAGACUCCUGAGCCACUACCUGCUUAUGAUGGCCUAAAGUCGAAUAGCUCCGUCCGCAGAGGACCUAGGAAGACGCUGGAACAUGAAAUCAAGAACCUCCAGUCUGCAAAUAUAGUUGAGAAGUCUAAGAAGGGUUUCGACAGCCCCAGAUCUAAGUUCGGACAAAGUUGA